AUGAAGAGCUGGCUCAGGGCAUUGAGCCUGACUGCAUUUCUGGCAGGUGGAGUGCUUGCAAAUGAGGUGGAACUGACUCAGGAUGAAGCGCACCGACAACGUUGUUCAGGGAUGUACGGUCCCAAGGCAUGGGGUGGCAGCGUGGAUCCUUACAUCACAACCAAGUUCGUUCAAAGUACCGACGCAGGCGACGGCGAUCCUCUUGUCAGUGUUGUUAUAUUCGAAUGGAGCGAUGAGAAUUUGAUCGGGAGAUCAGUAUCCGACAAUCCCGAGAUCAAGGAAACUAUUUGCGAUCGAGCCAGCGUUGAAGCGAAGCUAUGCGAGGAAGAUCAGAUAGGGUCCUUUAUAUUGGCCGCCAACGCAAGCGAUGCAUCACACUUCCCCAUCAUCUCGAAGGCAGUACAUCUCAAGAAUCCAGCUGCAAUCAACUAUCCCAUCAAAAAGACCGGAUUCUAUUGUGUCAGCACGUAUGGAUACUCUGGGAAGGACUACAAAGCCGCUGUUGAAUUUAGAAACGCAUAUGGUGAACUUCCGGCUGCGCAGAUUGCCAAGCUGCCGUUCUACGGCGGUUUGACCAUUGUCUACGCUGUUGUUGGAGUGUUCUGGGCAUUCCUUUACGUUCAGAAUCGUCAUGACAUACUGCCUGUGCAAAACUACAUUACCGCUAUUCUUGUUUUCCUUAUCUUGGAACAAUUGAUGACCUGGGGCUUCUACGAUUUCCAAAACCGUCAUGGCUUGAAUGUCGGUGCGAAAGUGCUGAUGGUUAUCGUCGCUGUCCUAAACGCAGGACGUAACUCCUUUUCCUUCUUCCUUCUGCUCAUCGUUUGCAUGGGUUACGGUGUGGUCAAGCCCUCUUUAGGUCGGACCAUGGUCUAUGUCCGAAUCCUGGCCAUAACCCACUUCGUCUUCGGCGUCAUCUACGCUGUUGCAAGUUUGUCAAUCACUCCCGAUAGCGCCGGCCCGCUCGUCCUCCUGAUCGUGCUCCCACUCGCCGGUACUCUGACCGGGUUCUAUGUGUGGACUCUCAACUCAUUGAAUGCAACCAUGAAGGACCUGAUUGAUCGGAAACAGAAGGUUAAGGCGAUGAUGUACAAGAAGCUGUGGUGGUGUAUUCUGGGUAGCAUCAUCGUCAUCUUCGGGUUCUUCUUUAUCAACUCGUUUGCAUUCGCCGGUCGUAGCGAAGCGAGCUUUGUGCCAGAUCACUGGAAGACCAGGUGGUUCGUGCUCGACGGAUGGCUUAACCUCGUAUACUUGUUCGAUAUCGCGUUUGUCGCAUAUCUCUGGAGGCCUACUGCCAACAACAGACGAUUUGCAAUGAGUGAUGAGCUUGCACAAGACGACGAUGGGUUCGAGAUUCGGUCUUUCAACAGUGUAUUGGACGACGAAGAAGCUUUCGCAGGCCCUCAAUCGAACUCCGGCCCGGCAACCCGUCGCGAGCUGUCGCCAGUACCUCCUAAACCCGUGCCUUCUGCUCCGCGCCAACGGGAGUCUCUCGACGGAGAAACCAUCUUUGCCGUAGGCGAGGACGGAGACAAAUGGUCUGAUGACGAGGAUGAUUCACCACGAAACUCGAGUGAGAGACAGAGACUCACGUCUCACAAAUCAGACUAA